AUGGGGUUUCUUUCCUCACUGUCACAAAUGCUCGGUGUUGGACGACGACAAGUGAAUGUCAUCGUUGUAGGACUCGAUAACUCAGGAAAGACCACAAUGCUCAACUACUUGCGAACACCAGAUACGAGGACCAGCCAAGUCGUGCCAACAGUAGGCUACUCCGUCACAAAUUUUGUCACAGAAAACUUCAGCUUCACAGCAUUUGAUAUGGCUGGACAAGGAAAAUACCGUAACUUAUGGGAAACAUACUACGCAAGUGCACAAGCGGUCAUUUUUGUUGUGGAUAGUGCGGACAAAUUACGAAUGGCAGUGGCACGAGACGAGCUGUUUAUGAUACUUGAUCAUAAGGAUAUUACUGGGCGACAGAUUCCCAUUCUUGUGUUGGCAAACAAGAUGGACGCUAAAGAUGCUCUGACUGCAGCAGAAAUCUCGACAAGUCUAGGGUUGGACCUAAUCCGGGGCCAUAAAUGGAAUAUCCAUGCGACAUGUGCGCUGAACGGGGCUGGCAUUCAGCGAGCACUUGAAUGGCUCUCAAAAGAAAUCAAAACUUAUUUGGAUUCACUGAAGUAA